CUGGUCCCGUUCGGAGGCUCGGCAGGCAGGCUCGGUCCCAGGCAGCGCAACACCCUCCGGCCCUACGGCCCUCCGGCCCCGCCGGAUUCCGACCGGACCGGGGACGUGUCAGCUCUCGGGACCAGCACUCCCGGCACCCCCGGCACCCCCGGAACCCCUUGCACUCCCAGAACCGGGGCGCUCACAAUCCGUUCUGUGACCGGCCGUCUCUGCUUCCGCGCGCGACGGUCUGUCGGAGUGGCACGCGCCGGCCCGGCGAUGGAUGCACCAUGGAUGGCGUAACCUAAACGUGAUGCAGGCGAUGGCGGCAGGGCGGCGUGCCGCUAUGUAAGACUCCUCGACUCCAGCAACAGGAAGGCACCGCCCACCGCGCACCAUGCUGCCCACCAACGUCAUGUCCUUCAUGAAGAAGAUGGUGGCGACGGGGGAGGCGGGGCCGGGUGGCGGCGACGACACCGGCACCCUCAGCAAGCUGCGGCAGACCCUCUCGACGGGGCUCAUGACGGCGCAGGACAGAGUCAACAAGCUGGCCCCGACCGCGGGCCGCGCCGCGCCGCCACCCGAGGAGCCACCGCCGGAGGAGAAACCCCCGGAGCCCGCGCCGCCCAAACCCACGCCGAAAGAACCCGGGAAGCCGCCGUGCCGCACCGGGGCGUGCCGCGUGUGCCUCAAGAGCCUCAAGCCCGAGGACGUGAUCCGAGUGUGCGGCGAGUGCCACUUCAAGGUGUGCGAGGACUGCGCGUCGUACACCAAGCAGGAGGACCUCGCUGACGACGCCUGGCGCUGCUCCAUCUGCCGCCGCAAGCUGCAGUCGCGCGCCCAGGUGGCGGCCCAGGACUCGACGGAGACGUCCUUGGAGCUGCCCGUGUGCGAGUCCCUGCAGCGCCGCCACAGCGACGUCAAGCUGGGCGGCAGCGGCGGGCUGAGUCCGGGAGGCGCCGGGGCCGCGGGGGGGGGCGCGGGCGGGCUGGGCGCAGGCCUCGCGCCGCCGCGCUCCCCGGAGCUGCGCCGCCACUCGGACGUGUCGCCCGCCUCCCUCAAGGAGCUGGAGAAGGUCAAGAGCCACGUGGCGAGCGAGCGGCGCAACGACUGGGACCCGGACUGGCGGCACAGCAAACGUGGCGUCUCGCCCGGCGGAGGCUCGCGGGCCGCGUCCCCGCAGAACCCAGGGGACGAGGGUGACCCCGGCGAGGAGUGGCGGCUGGCCGUGCUGGACGUGGCGGACGGUGCCCCGGAGGAGGAGCGGCGGACGCGGCGCCGCGGAUCUCAGCUGCCUGACAUUAACAAGAUACGGGCGGCCAAGGCGGGCGGCGGAGACGCUCCCUUGGGGGGUCCUUUGGUGCCGGGCAUGGGUGGCCCCGGGCCCCCGGUCGGGCACGCGGGUGGGCACCCCGUUGGGCACCCGGUGGGGCACUCGGUGGGGCACGCGGGCGGGCACGCGGGCGGGCACUCGCACCGCGCGCCCCCGGCGAUGGAGGACGCCGGGGACGCGGAGCGAAUGCGGCGGCAGACAUCCGUCACCGACGGCGAGGCCAUCAAGAUUGUCAUCCACGACGUCGACUCGGAUCCCAUGUUCGGUGCCCGCGGCGCGGCCAGCAAGCGGCGGGUCGUCCUACGGCGAGACCCCUCGGACAAGGCCCACCGCACCCGAGGCUUCGGCAUGCGCGUGGUGGGCGGCAAAUCCGGGCCCGACGGCCGCCUGUUCGCUUACAUCGUGUGGACCGUGCCCGGCGGGCCGGCCGAGAAGGGCGGCCUGCAGCGCGGCGACAAGGUGCUGGAGUGGGGGGGCGUGGCCCUCACAGACCGCAGCUUCGAGGAGGUGUGCUCCGUCAUGGACAGGACGGGGGACGUCGCCGAGCUCCUCGUCGAGCACUGCUCAGACCUACGCAUGUGCGAUCUCCUCGACGAUCCCUCCAGCUACUCCUCGGGACCACGGAAGAGUGGCCAGGGGGAGCAACUGGGAUUGAGCCUGGUGAAUGCUGUUGCAGACUCGGAGACCGAGAAAGCGCCAGCCUCGCCGACCAGAAGAAAGUUACCGAAGACACCGGAACAGAUGCUCCGCGAGAAGCAGGUGUCGGGGCGGGUGCAACUACAAGUGUGGCUGCACGAUGACGACCUGGUGGUGUCCGUGCUCGCGGCAGACGACCUGGCCUGCCGCUCGGACGACUCGGGGCACGGCUCCAUCCCAGAGGCCUACGCCAAGCUUCGCCUCCUGCCCGUCAUGGGCGAUGAGAAACCGCUCAAGACUGACAUCUCGGAGCCGACUCACAACCCCGUCUGGAACGCCACCCUGGAGUUCAGCAACGUGCCACCAGACACGCUCAUGGACCGCAGCAUGGAGAUCACACUGUGGGACGCGUGCCCUGGCCCCGAGAGGGAGACUUUCUUCCUCGGCGAGUGUUCGGUGGACCUCCAGAAAGCCUUUCUGGACGACCGGCCGGUGUGGUACCGCUUGGAGGACCCCAAAUGCAUACGCGCUGGAGGCAAAUCACCACAUGCAUCACCGCGGGGCUCGCUCGCCUCGGACAUGACGCAGAGGUUGAUGCGCAACGCUGGGCAGCGCUCGUUCUCAGAAGAACGUGAUUCGGAGAGCGAGUCGGGAAUGCUCGGCUCACCUGAGUUCUCUCUCCUGCAUCCCGACUACGCCUACUCCUGCAUGGGCUCAGGGGCGUCGUCACGCAGGGGGUCCUCUCAGUCAGAGCAGCUUGAAGUGGAAACCUACCAAUUAGAUAAGGACUUCUCGCGCUCACAGCCGGGCAGUCGGCGGUCGUCAUUUCAAUCCGGCCAGAACGCGGAGAGCAAGAGCAGCCUAGAUAACGACCUGCCACCUGUCAACUUCAACAAGGAGCGGCGGCGGUCCUCAGCAACGCGUGGAAUGAACCGAGACCCUGAAGAGAUCCUGCGCCAGCUCAAGGCCGUCAAGGGCGGCGACCUGGGCCGCACCAUGAGCUUCUCCGGAGAAGCGAAACGCGGCGGCCCCAGGCGAGGACACAAGGGGAGGAAGAACUCUGUGAUGGAGAUGGGGAACCUGCCGAACGAGGUGCUGGCUAGGCGCUUGUCGGAGCGUCUUGCUGCGUUGGGGCCCGACGCGGACGACGACGAGCACUGGGAAGAAAAGCCACUGGGGCCUGGACAGGUGAAGCCGCGGGCCUCCCACACUCUCGGAGGCGUGCGGGGCCAAGUAGAAAUGGGCCUACUCAUGACCAAAGGGCAGCUGGAAGUCGAUAUCAAGAGCGCGACUUUCACGGGGUACCCAGCAGACAAUCCCCCAGACACGUACGUGAAAACCUACCUCCGGGAUGGUGAGCGUAACCUGCAGAAGCGCAAGACUCGGGUGGUGCGGCGUUCUUGCAACCCACAGUACCAGCAGACGCUGCGCUACUCCGCGUGCGACGUGCUGGGCCGCACACUCAUCGUCAUGCUCUGGGAGAAGCAGGGCAGUUUCGAGCACAACCAGGGCCUGGGUGGCGCCGAGGUCGCUCUGGACCGCUUGACGCUCACCCACCCGACGCACGGCGCCUACCCGCUGUUCCCCAUCGGCAGCCUGGGCUCCGGCAUCGCAGACGGCAAUGACUCUCCCUGACGGCAGCUUCCCCAGGGCGACCCCUCGCAGGGGGAGGCCCUGGGUGACGCGGAUGCGGCGUGCGGCGGGCUCACAGUGCCCAGCUCCCCCGAAACGUCCCCGACAAGCAGCCGCCGGGGCUCCAUUCUACUUGGAGAACAGCCCUGGGACGCCGAGAAGGUGAUCGCACUGUAAGGGAAAGAACCUGUUGCAUAUUGAAGAGUACAAAAACAAUGUCUUAUUUGGUUUUUAUUUGACAAUCUGUUUCGGUUUUCUACUGGUUGUAGUUUCUUUAGGGUUUACCAGGUUUCUCUCCCUUGCCCUGCGAUGGGUUGUUAUGCCAAUGCCGGCAGAAGAAGGCUUCCCCUCUCUUAAUCCAGAACCUAACCCCCCCUUGUCCAUGGGUCCAUUCCUCUCUCAUCCUUCAGGGAUGUCAAAUAAUUUGAAGCAGGGUGGUUAUGAACGUGUUGUGUAAUUAAUCGGUAACUUCGAAAAAUCAAAAUUUUUGAAUCAAAUCGCUUUUAAUGGUAUUAGGUGAAAAUGUCUGAUAGGAUUGUUAAGUCUUAUGAACACCUAAUUGUUGCACCUAUGUUUCGGCACAUAUAUUUCCGUGUGUUCUUGUGUUUGAAACGAUUGGUUGCCUUCGUCAUUAUCCCCCACUCUCUUUUAUACAUUGCAACUUUAGCUACGUAUGAAGUGUGGUCCCAAUGGCAAUCACUCUACGAGUUUCGGGAAAGCCUAUAACUCAGCCAUCAGGACCUACUUUUCUCAAGGUGUCUCAUGCACACCUCUUUCAACAAAAUCAAAAGCACUUCCAAAUUACUUUAGUCGUAAUGCAUCCCCAGAGGUCUGAACAAAAGCUGUCCUUCUCAGUACAAGUUUCCCCCUUAAUCUCCGUAUCAUGCCUAAGAUUUCACUAAGUCACCCACCGAUUUUCUCGUGUCUAUUGUAAACUUGGCCUCGUUCGUGCAUCUAGUGCGAAACUCUUCCCCUUUCCCUCGUACUUGAUAAAAUAUGUAAAUGGCAGUUGAUGUGUUACAUUUUAUCUCAUAGUGAUAAAUGAUUAGAAUUAGUACACGAUGGCGCUGUUUCCUCUGGACAUUGCGUACAUGAGGAAAUGAACGUGUGUUGUGUGGCUUUGAGGUGGCCAGUUGGUACGCAAAGUUGCCCUUGCGCCUGCUUUGUGUAACAUUAUCCAUAGCAGAGUUUUUAAAAAAUGGAUUUUAGUGUCUACUAUACUCGGAAGUGUUAAAUCAUGGGACUGUAAGCGAUUCAAUCUCAUGUAGUAUUUUGAACUUUGUAAGAAAGUGUCAUUGGGAGGAAACCCGGAUGUUUUAAAAUUCUUUGGAAACUCCCUUAAGUUUUCUGUUUAGUUAACUCUGGAGUUGUUAGCGACAGUAGAGCCGUCAAAUGGGUAUAGUUUCUUAUAGAUACGAACCUAGAAAAAACUUGAAAACAAAAUCCGAAACAAUUAUUGUUUUCGUUAACACGACCACGCGGUUCGUGGCAGUACAUCAGGGCGUGUUUUCUAUAAUCAUUUCAAAUGUAGAGUAACUCUUAAUUCUUGCAGUCUUCUAGCUAACAGAUCCCAAAAACUCUUCGUAGUAUGCUUGUACCCUUUCUGUGAUAACGCCCAUUCUGUGUUGCUGCUGUGUAAGUUCAAUUUCUAUUUUGGAUGUUUUUCAUCGUUGACUUUAUUAGCUAGUGAUGAACAAUCAUAUCUUUGUUAGAUGAGUCUCCAUGUAUGAAUGACAAUCCUUUAUUCUAGUUACGUUUCACUAGUUAAGUGACAAGGUGCGAGCUCCCAAGUAGCGAUCAUCGCGUUGCAUUGAAAUACGCCUCAAAGGUGAUGCAUAGCCACAACAUUUAAUGUGCAUAACACGCUUAUUAUGUAGGCUGUGCACGUGAAAUAUGUGCUCAAAAGGCAUUACCUUUGACGUGCAUUUCCAUGCAGAGCCCUGCUGGGGCUAGUAUUGUGAACAGAGGUGGUGUUGUGUAUGGUGUAUUAAGCUGCUUCCAAGCCGAUCAGUGAGGAAAUGAUCACCUUGUUGACUUCUUUUCUUUAUAAUUUAAAUAAUAUUUUUAAACAAAGUAUUUAUUUUUUAAAGGGUUCGGUCUCGGUUUAAAUUGUUACUAUUGUGAUCGUACAAAAGAAGUGCCAUGACUUUAUUCUGUAUUUUGACAAAAUUAUUCCUCUUAACGUCAAAAUAUAAGACAGUAUAUGUAUAUGCAUCCUGUGCGUCGUCUCCCAUCGCCGUUAAAGAAGCGAGUGUUUGGACGCACACUGAUAUUUGACGGAUUCAAAUAUUUGGCCAGAAAUGUUGGCUCGACCGGUGAAAAAACGUUUUUCCCGAUGUUCUAUGGUUCUAUCGAAAUACAAUUUCUUAAUUAGGGUCUAAAAGGUCCUGUCCUGAUAUCUCUGUGCGUCCUGCAUUUGAGCAAAACGUAUUUAACGGUAGCCUGACCGCACGGUCUUGUUGGGAAAGCAGUACACGCUUAGUAACUUACCUAGGGUAGGAGUUAAGUUGAAUCGCACUGCACAUCUCCGGCCAUCUCGCAGACGAAUGGAGGCGAGUACUCUGCCGGCAUACAUAGAUCCAGCAGUUAUGGUCGGAGAUGUUUCGUAAUCAAAACUAGUUCUUAACCCUUUUCCAUGUAUGAGCUGGAGCUGGCUUAGAAGUUCUAAAAAGUGUUUUCGGUUCCGAGGCUUGUUCUCGCCGCAAAGUAAAAACUCUAUGAAGAAUCGCUUUGCAAUACGAAGAAAACGAAGGCGUUGCAAUAUACGAAGAAACGCUUCGUUUUAUGACGGUUUUACAAUGCCUCCAUUUUCUUCGUAGUUACAAAGCAAAUGCUUCGUAGACGUAUCUUGGGUGCUGAUCUCCAAAACUAUCUCAUGGGUAUCGCGUUGCAAUCAAAUAACAGUGCUUCUAUGGCUUUUCCGUGCCAGUGGAAAAUAAAUUACUAUUCUUUUCCAAAGAAAUAAUCUUGACUUGAAUCGACUAAUUAUUUGCUUUUGGGGGGCGAACUGCCGAUGAAGUUGCAUUAAAUGCUGCUAUCGUGUGACCUCCCUCCUUUUUUGGCCCGCCCUUCUAUUCAAAAAAUAGGGGGAGGGCCUAUGCAUUUGCCUUUGUGUCUGUGUGUUGUUGUUGUUGUUGUUGUUGUUGUUGUUGUUGUUGUUGGCGUCUGUGUACAAGG